GCACCCAAUGCGCGCUAAAUUAAACAUAAUUUAUACAGGAAAUCUGCAUAAACCAUGGACUCAACCGUGGGUUUUCAAAACCACCUUUGUGAAUUCGGGCCACUGAGUUUCGGCAAACAUUACUUCUGUUAUGAAGCAAUGUUUACCGACUUCUCAAAAAUCCACUGUGUAAUCAUGUUCAUAGUGCGAGGUUAGUUAACCUCGCACUAGUGUGAGUGUUAGAAACUGAAAAUCAUUUUCUAGUAAAAGAUGAAUUGUGGACCCUAGUUGACUUUGCUAGUCAUGACAUGGCUGGGCGUCCAAAAUUCAUGAAAUAAGCGCUCUUUACACAGUCACAUUAAUUUACUUUUUUCAGAUCUGCCAAACUUAGUUUUAGAUUCUAAAAAUCGUAAUGAGCAAAGAAAAAGUCAAGGAAGCAGCAAGAUUCGGAACUUGACACAUAUUGCUCAACAUGAAAAUAAAGUAGAUUUUGAUCAAGGUGAAAGUGUUUGGUAGGUAUCACGAUCUGAACAUUCCAUGAGUGUGCGAUGUGCUUGAAAUUAUACAUGUACAUGGAUCUCGUCUUAAUAGGUUGACCUUGUUUUGUGGACAAAUAUUUGUCAAAGUUCUAGAGGAGAGAAAAAUUGAGAUAUUUGUAUGAAAUGAAAGUUUAAAAGACUACAAAAAUGAAAUAUUCUCAUUUAUUGUGUUUUUAUUCUUGCUCACCACAGAUGACCCAGAGAAGGUCCGGAAAGCGUGUCACUGUGACCCGUGUGAAUCUAAAAGGGCCCAGAUCAAAGCCCCUACCACUUCAAGCACUGUCAAAAACUUUGUCAGGUGGCUAUUUUUGUUUGUGGCAUGGGUCAUCUUUAUUCUAUUAGCAUUGAAAGCCUCCCAGGUAGAAAGGGACCAUAUUGAAUAUGAUCCAUUUGAAAUUUUACAAGUAGACAGGGGAGCAACAGAGGCGGAGAUCAAGCGUCAAUACCGUAAACUUAGCAAGUUACACCAUCCUGACAAAGAGGGCGGUGAUGCUUCCAUGUUCAUGAAGAUUGCUAAAGCUCACGCUGCGUUAACGGAUGAAGAAUCAAGAAGAAACUGGGAAGAGUAUGGCAGCCCGGAUGGUAGACAAGCCACAACGUUUGGUAUUGCAUUGCCAGCAUGGAUUGUGGAUCAGAAUAACUCUGUAUGGGUGUUAGCUGCAUAUGGAUUAGCAUUCAUGGUCUUCUUGCCUAUUGCUGUGGGUACAUGGUGGUACCGCUCCAUCCGUUAUACUGCAGUUGAGAUCCUCAUAGACACCACACAGCUAUUCAUGCACUUUCUUUACAAGACCCCCUGUAUGAACCUCAAACGUGCCUUGAUGAUUCUUUCUGGAUCAUUUGAGUUUGAGAAGAGUCAUAACAGUCAGGUCGUUAACAGACCAAGCGAUAACGAAGAGCUCCCUCCGCUUGUGAGGGAGUUUUCCAAUGAUAUCGGUCUGAAGAACAAGGAGCGUCCAUUCUGUUUUCCUUACAGUGUCAAGGUCAGGACAUUGAUAUACGCUCACCUUGCUAGAUCGGAUCUACCUCCUAAAACUCUGGAUGUAGAUCGUCUUUUUGUCGUGAAGAAAUGCCCUCAGCUUAUUCAAGAGAUGGUCAACACAGCAGCACAGCUUAUUUUCUGGCACAAAAUAAACAAAGGAAAUCCUUCUAAAGAGCCGCGUCUUGAAACGAUAGAACAUAUAAUGAAGCUCAGUCCUAUGAUUGUCCAAUCUACAUGGGAUAAGAGUCCACUUAUGCAGCUUCCACACUUCACAGAAGAGACACUUAGACUGUGCCAGUCAAAAAGGAGAAAUGUCAAGAGUAUAUCACAGUUCAUCAAGCUUAAAGACAGUGACAAAAGGUAUAUUCUUCGUCACCUAGAUGAAAGGCAGUACCAAGAUGUACUCAAUGUCUGUGCUAGUCUACCACUCAUAGAUGCAGACCUCAAAUUAGAAGUUGUUGAUGAUGAUGACAAGGCAACUAUAACAGCCGGAGCCUUUGUCACUGCUACAGUAACACUCAGAAGAGAUACGUUUACAUUACAAUCAGAUGGUGAUAUAGGCAGUAGUAACCUCGCGUUAGAAGCGGGAGGUGACACGGAAGAUUUAAAAACAGAAGAAAAGGAUUCUCCAUCUGUUAACAAAAACAAGCCAAAGGUAUGGGAGAAGCAGCAGAAAAAGAAGAAAGGAAAAGGGGGUGGAGGAGGUAACAAACCAAAACCCAAGAAGCAACAACCUCAACAACAAAAGAAACCUGCCACAAAGCCUGCCACUCUUACAGCUAACAGCACCCCAUCUAAAACCAGCACUAAUGAUGAUAAUCUAGAAGUCAUACCUGUGGACCAGGAUGAUGAGAAUGGCAGUGGUGUUGAUAGUGAUGAGGAGAUUAGCCAAAACUCAGCUAGUGAUGAAGAAGGAGUGGAGGAUGCAGGGGAAGAUGAGGAGGAGUGGGAUGAACUCCAAUCAACCUUGACGAGGAAAGAGAAAGUCCUAGAAGGCAUCACUAAAGAAUCUCAUGAAGUUCAUUCGCCUUAUUUCCCCGAGGUGAAGCACGAGUGGUGGUGGGUGUAUAUAGCCGAUAGGAAAUCACACAAGCUCAUUACAUCAACCGCAAUGGUCUAUGAUCUCAAAGAUAAGAAAGAGGUUCAACUGCAAUUUCGAGCCCCGUCCAAGGGUAACUACCAGUUCUCUCUGUGUGUUCGUUCUGACUCCUACUUGGACCUAGAUUUCAUAAAAUCAAUCAAGGUCGAUGUGAAGGAAGCUAAGAAGAUUGAAGACCACCAUCCUCAAUGGGAUAUCACUGAUGACGAGAAGGAGGACGAAGCGGAGGACAGCGCCGUCUCUGAUUACACCACGGACGAUGAAGAAAGCGAUGACGAAUAGACUCAAGGAACUCUCAACAUGGUUUUUAUGAUCAGUCCUGAAGUGCCGCAUUGCAUUCUUCCUGAUUGUAAUCCUCUCCAAAUGAAAGGUUUAUUAUCACUCCUGGGGUCCGUUGCAGAAAGAGUUGCGUUUAAACGCAAGUCAAUAAAUCAAUCGCAAGUCUCAAAUGCGCGCUGUUGAUUGGUUGAAAAUCAAGUUGUGCAUGAUUUUUAGAGUUGCGAUUGAUUGCAACUCUUUCUGCAACGGGCCCCUGGGGUCAUUUUCAUAAAGACGUACUAUUACGGAUUUGAUUAGAUUUUAUUCAUUUAUUUAUUCAUGGUAGUAGCUCUAUUUAGCUGCUAGACUGUUUUACAAUGGAGCCAUGGUAACAUAGCCAUUUUGGUAACUACCAGGAAAUCUUGAGUUUUGAUUGAUGCCUAGCUUUCUCACCAUGGUAUUUACCAUAAUGGUAAGUCUUUUCUGAAAUUGGCCCCAAGAAGCGACCUUGCAUUCUGACUGAUUUGGAUUCUCUCUGAACUAAAGAUAGUGUAUUAUUCCUAGAACUGUUUCAUAAAGAUGUACCGUUAUGGUUUUGAGUGGAUUUGAUACAUUUAUUUAUUCAUGGUAGUACCCCUAUUCAGCUAUGAGGCUGUUUUACAAUGGAGCCAUGGUAACCGUGCUAUAUUGGUAACUUCCCAGGAAGCCAUGAUUUUGAUUGGCUGCCGAGUUCUGUUACUAUGGUUGUAACCACGAUGGUAAGUCUUUACGAAAUUAGUCUCCAAAAUGUUCUAUUAUGCUCUAUUAUUCUUCCUGACUUGAAUUCUCUCCGAACUAAAAAGGGUUAAUUACUUCAUAAAGACUUUGAUCAUGUCAACCUUGCCGUUGUGAUAACCACCAUGGAAGCCUUGAUGUUGAUUGGCUGCUGAGCCCUGUUACCAUGGUAACUUUUCUUUCAAAUUGGCCUCCAAGAUGCCACCUUAGGUUUCCCUGAUAUAAAUGCACUCCAAACUGAUGAGGAUGUAUAAUCACAGGGAAUAAUUUUCCUAGUAUCGCAUUGCAAUUUGCUCCACAUUUUUUAAAGACUGCUACACAUAAAUUCUUUUGUAUAACAUAUUUUUACAUAGGACUGUACAUUACUUAGUUGAGAGCUUUUCUCUUGUGACCAAAAAUGCUAUUCAAAUUUGCCAAACAAAAUUAUUACCUGAAUCAGUUGUAAGAUUGCACUGUUACAUGUUUGUUGAGGAUUGGGGCCAGUGCAUAAUUUUUACUAUGUCCGCACUAGAGAGACGGUUUAAUGUCGGUCAAAGGAUGUCAAAUUACCUAUUGGUUUUAAAAGCUAUUAUGAAUGAAUUUUUUUGAACUUCGGAUUCUUGCUGAACAAGAACUAAAAUGCCCUCAUUUUGGCCGAAGAUUGUUAUGAAUAACAUUUUCACCUCUCUGUCUCCCCCGACAAGAUAGCGUUUAUUUCAAGUCAUAAGAUGUGCUUACGAUUCACAGUAAAUAGGUUCUCUAUCAAAUAUUUAUGAAAGAUGAACAACCAUACACAUGUUGUUCAUUCUUCAUAUGGUUCAAUGUCCCAUACACUUCAGCCAAGGAUCAUUUGAAAUUUGAUUAUUAAGUAAAUUUUAACUAUUGCUUCAAUUUUUGGAACAUAAUGUGGAAAAUGAAGAGUGAAAAGGUAAAAAAGAAAAUCUAUUUAUGUGCAGCAUUUUAUUGAGCUUUCUUUAAAAAGUCCAAUAAGUUAGUGAUUGAUUCACAUUUUGUUUUUUAUACCAAAAUGGAGUUGCUAAUACCUUGUUUAAUUGAUGAUUUGAAUGGAACACUUUGUUCUCGUGAUUGCACUAGAUUUGUGUCACUCAUUUUUCCUCUUUUUGUUUUCCUUUGUUAAUUCUUCUUGUAUUUCAAUAUUUCAAUGGAUUAUAUAUCACUUUAUUGUUCAUUUUUGUUUUUCAGUAAUUAAGAAUUUAAGUUAUUGUUACUAUGUCUCUACACUGAAUAAAUUUAUUGAUAGUAUCGAUAAGAUGGUAACUCAUUUAUGAGAAUUAUGCAUGCAAGGUUGCUUCCAAAAUAUUUCUACUCCUAAAAGUCAAAUUCCAGAGAAAUAGUUGUAAUUUUAAGCUAAAGAUUUUGUAGGUAAAGUUAAAGGAUUUUUUUAUCCUUAUCUCUCAAUCAGGGGGAGUAAUGUUGUCAUUAUUUUGUUUGGUAGAGAUUAUCAUACUUGCUACUUGUUUGCUUGAUUUUAGUGAUUUAACAUAUAUGUAAUCAUUGUUGUGUAGGUGCAUCUGAAUGAAAGUGCAUUAUUUAUGAGGUUUUUUUUUUGUGAAAUCAAAUCUUUUUAUCCUGUUUAUAUUAUGUGGGAUCUUCCUACUCUAAAGAUUUCUAAGGUCAUAAUGCUUAUAGAGCUGGGCCUGUGAUUUUUUGAGAGACAUGGCAGUGGGCUUGUAAAGGGGUUUCAAGUCUUGUUUGGGAACUAGGCAUGAAUUAUAUUCUAAGGGACCACGAGCACAACAUGCUUGAAGUGAAACACUAGAUAAUUAAUAGAUGAAAUCUACUUCACUUGAUGAAUCAAGAAUUUUAUAGUUGAUAAAAUUAUAUUCACAUUCGCACGGUUUCAACCUGAACUGCGAAACAAACUUUUGAUUUCAUAAAACAGAGACGAAUCCCAUGAAAGAUUCAUCCAGAAAUGAUAUAAUGAAAAAUACAGAUGAAAUGUUUAAAGAUUAUAUUUGAAAUUAUUGUCAUAUAAAAUCAGAUAUUAAAGGGAAUAGGCAUCAGGGUCCCGCCUUACAAAGAGUUACGAUUGAUCAGAUCAUCUUAAACUUUAUGGAAAUCCAACAAUGUCAUCAUUUUUUCUCCAGGAAAUUUACAUGUUGUCCUUUGUAAACAAAAAGAAGCACACUGAAUUUUCAAGAAAACAAUGAAUGUAUGAUUUUACAUCACAUCUAGAAAAUAUUUUGAAUAAAAAAACAUGCAUUAUAGAUGUUGACGUUGCUGGCUUUCCAUAGUUGUGGUUGAUCGGAUCAAUCAUAACUCUUUGUAAGACAGGGUCCAGAGCAUUAGAAGUUUUCCCUUCCAUGUCCAAAUAUGUCCACAAUAAAAAUCGGUUUCAAUAUCCGCCAAGGACCAUAUCUGUUCAAUAAAUAUGCAAACCAAAUUAGUAUUUGUCUUUUUGAUAUACAAUGCUGUAGACAUGUACAAAUUAUUCAAAGUAUCCAAGUAAGGCCUACAAAAAGAAGAAGUGCAGUUGUGACCGUUGUUUAUUAAGUAUGUAAAACAAGCCCAGCUCUACAAGUAUCCAGCAUUCGAUUAUGAAGAUGAUAUAUACACUGUAUAUACAUUGACAUUGUACAUAGUGCAUUCUCUUAUCUCAGAAAAUUUAUAUCUCUGUUCAAGCAGUAAUUAUGUUUCAUAUUUUUUCUAUGUCUGAAGGCAUGUUUUGUUGCACCAACAGGGACUGUAUCACAAAACUUAACCUUUGAUCGUAUUGUUGAUUUGUAUGAUUGAUUGUACACAAUGAUCAAUGCAAUCAAGUGUAAAAUUGCCCUUAGAAUCAAUCCCUAAGCUUUGUGUAACAGGGCCCAUGAAGAAUUAUCCACUGCAUAUAUCACAAAUGUUACUGUUUUGUGUUCAGUCACUACAAUAUAUUACAGAGCUAUUUUUCUUUGUGUUGUUGUCUCUCCAUAUCUUUCCUCUUGCAUCUUAUGGAAUAGAUCAUAAAAUGACAGCAUGGUCAUUGUGAGCAUUUACAUAUAUAAUUUUUUUUUUCAGAUGUUUCAUGAUCUAUUUGAUUCUAUGCUAUCAUUAUUAAAUAGGUGAUUUCUAAUCAUCAUGUAUCCUUUUUAUGUUACUAUGAUCAAAUUGAUUGAACUGUGAAUGAAAACAUGGAAAUAACUCCUUAAAGAAUAAUGUUUGAUUAUACAAACAUGCACUAAUAAUAUGUAUUGUUUUUCAGAAAUCUUUUUUUAAAUCUAGUCUCUAGUUUUGGAUUAGCAAUGAUAUUCAAUGUUAACAUUAUAUUUUGUUUGCUUUGUUUUUGUUUCAUGAAUACUGGUCAUUGUGCAUUUGUAUGACUUCCACAAAUUUCAAAAAGUAAAAUGUAAAGUAUUACCUCAAAAUUCAUAUUUAUUGCUUGUUCAAAUUUUCUUAUAUCUUGUUGAGUCUUAUUUUGGCAAGUAUGCUUUUGUUAUGUUUUCUGGAUUUCAUUUAAAACUUUGGGGGAUAAGAGAAGGAAUUUCAAAUGGCUGUAUUAAGUUUUUUUUUUAAUAACUGUAUGCAAUAUCAACUAACCUCUAUAUGAUUACAUAAGUGUAAUCACACUAGAAGUAUGCAUUAUAAAUUAUCAUAAACUUUUUCCCUCGGUUCUAUGAGAUGUACAAUAAGGUAAUGCACACAUACAGAUGUACCUCCAGACUAUAAAUUGGUAAUAAAUUUGCACCAUUACAAUUUAUCCCCCUCCUAUUUUCAUGAUUUUUCUGAUGGCAUUUACUUGUACCUGUCAGUUGGUAUUGCUUUAUUAUCAUGAUGAUUAUGAUAUGUAUUUGUGGACUGCCUACUCUAUUUCUCUUUGUCUAUCUGACUGAUUAAAUGUUAUGAAUGCAUCGA